AACAAAACAAAAAUUAUGUCGCUUGUGGCAGAUUAUAGCGACUCCUCCGAGUCCGAUGAAGACACAAGUAGUCAAUUUUCCGAAGACCGCGAAACUAAAAGAGCGCCACCAAUCGAAAAAGAGAAGACUUCUCCUCCCAAAUUGCCCAGUGCGAGCCAAGCUCUUGCCCAAGGAGCUGGAAAGGGGGAUGUGUUCAGCAAUCCCUUCCUGGAGGCCGAGAUGCACAAAACCGCUUCGCUGGAGCGGCACGUGAAGAUGGUUGACAACGAUGCGCACCAAAAAUUGAAAAACGGCCGUAAGAUUUGCUGGAACUUUAGAAGGGGACGCUGCCGCUUUGGCACCAGUUGCCAGUAUGCCCACGAUUCCGACUUGUCGGUGGAUGAGGCGGCGGAGAAGAGUACAUUACGGGAUCAAUCAGUGCCUGUGGUCUUAGAGGCUGCACCGGGUAAUUCCAACAGGCGUAAGCGUCCCGGUCUGGGUGAUGCUCUGGAGCCGGGCAAACGGGUUAUAAAGUCCUACAAUCAGCACAAUCCGCAGAAUCCAUUUGCCCGGCGUUAA